ACAUUGACAGCUAACACCAUUACAUCCACAUUGCUUUGUUAGACCAUUGUUAAAUUUGAGUAUGAUGGCACCAGGUGUUACUGAUUGCGGAACGGAAGUACUCGUCAUAAAACAAGAGCCGUUCCAGCCCGCAGAAGACGUUAAUAUGGACAUCAGCACGGAAAUACAGCGAGGGAAGAUGCCACUCAACGAACCGUUACUGAAUAGUCAUGGCAAAUUGGACCCAUACAUCCAAAUAGUUGAUAAAGUCAAAGAUUUAGAACUCCAAAGCGUAGGGCCCAAACAGGACUUUAAGGAUAGUGGCCAGGUCGAUCUUGAGCAAGGGUCAGAUAACGAUACUCACAGAGAGGAAAAGGCAAAAACAGAAAGAAGGGUUCUGCGAUCACCUCCACCGCCUUCGCCGCCUACAUCACGCAAAUCUUUUCCGCUCCCACCCCGACCCCCAUCACGGCCCAUUGAUUCAUGGCAAGGGAAUAAAGGUUAUAGAGUUCCUAAAGCUCCUUACUGGAAUAACUGGCCUUAUGAACAACCAAAACGCCAUCCGAGUGGUCGCUAUCGCUCACCUCCACCCCCAAUACGUAUUGCACCAACAAACUAUGCUUUAGCGCCAAGAUAUAAGGAUGAACGAUCGCCAACCUCAAACAUUUGGUGUAAAGAUACUUAUGAGCGAUCUCUUCCAUCUCCUCGGGCAUAUGCUAUGCGUCACUCACCAUAUUCGCGACGAUCAUAUCCUAUUCUUCCACCUAUUGACCCGCGUGUUGCUCUCUCUACUCCAAUGGAUCCCCGGCAGAACCGACACGAAACCCAUAUUGAACCUCAUAGUCCUUUUCAAACAGACAGAUCUCCAGUACCUCAGAAAAAGAGCAGUGUCCCAAAAUCCAAAUGAGCCGAUGAUAUAAUUAUACAGCAAUGUCAACAGCAGUUACAGUCCGCUACGAACAUUACUAAAAGGAAAGGCCUCAUGAAAAGCCUGGAUCCAUACCAGGUAAAGGCUUACUGUCUCAGUAUAAAAUCCAAUGAAAAAUAACUAAAAAAAACCUUAAACGUAUUUUCACCAAUACUGCCAUCAUGAAAUGCCUACACCUAAUAUUAACUUCCUGUAAAGGUAUU